GUUUAGUGAAAAGACAAACAUCACUCUGUUCAGACGCUUUUUGGAGUCAGAAAAUCGCAAGAAAACAUAAGGUACAACUUUUGGAAGGAAUAACUCUUAUCAUCAAAUAACACACAAUGGCCUACAAGUGGGUUCAAUCCUCCGCCUACUCCUCCCUGCCCGAGGAGGCAGUGGUGGGCGGCAACGACGAAGACGGCGCCAUGAUUUACGUGGGCAGGGCGGAGCACGAGGGCGACAUGCUGGUCUGCAAGGUGGUGCCCAGCAAGCAGCUGGGAUUCAUUUCGCAGCGAGGAGAGGCUCUGCCCAAGGACAUCUUCGAGGUGCUGUGCGGCCAGAAUCUGGUGUGGAUCAAGUGCUACGACCAUGUGAUUCCGGAGAACGCUGUGCUCUGCGGACGCACUUCGCUGGAUCAGCCGGUGUACAUUGGUCGUGGCCACUACGAGGGUCACCUGAUUAUCGGCAAAAUCUCCUCCGUCCAUCGCGCUCUUUUCAUCGCAUUUCGCGGUGCCGAACGGCGCCUGGACUCCUACGAGAUUCUGGUGGAGCAGCGUAGAGUGGUGCCAGGCUGGCAGCUGCCACCACCUCCUCCCCUAGAGGAGCCGGAAAAGUGUCCGCUCACACCGCCGCCACCGCCAUCUCCACCGGCAAUGGCGCCGCCACUGUCUGCCAAACCAUAUCCCUAUCCGCACUUGGCUGCCAUGCCAUUUCCUGACAGGCCUCCGGCUUACACACCCACUCCAGAUCCACUGCCGCCCGUUGGCGGUGUGGCGGUGCUGCCGAGUCCAACCCCACCGCCGCCAGCGGGAGGAGUGCUGGUCAUGCCACGACCACCACCGCCGGCAGGUGGAGUGCUGGUCAUGCCACCUCCUCCUCCCUCGUUCACUCCUGCUGAGGUCACUGCGGCGCCACCACCUUCGUUUGUUCCUGCCGAGGUCACUGCAGUGUCCGUUCCCGUGGGAGCAUCGUUUACACCCGCCUCCACCUAUAAUCCCUACGAGGCCGGAUGCUCGUCCUACACUCCGGCCGAAUGUGCUGCUCCUGCGGCAUAUGACGCCUACGGCUACGGCAACAACUAUGACAUUUGGGUGUCCGCCGAACCGGGCUAUUAUUACUCCCCCGAUGCCGUGAUCGGAGGUCAUGACAGCAACAUGGAGCAAUUGCUGGUGUGCAGGGCCUACUACCGCGGUGUCCAUGUGCCGGGCAAGGCCAUUCCCAGCCAGGGAUGUGGCUACAUAGCCCACGGGGGUCGCGAAAUCAUUGAGCCCUCAUAUCAAAUGCUGGUGGGCAGGGGCAAGUACCACUGGGUGCCAUCCUACGGCGGCAACGUUCCACCCGGAGCAGUAGUGGCCGGCACAACACCUGGCGGAGCACCACUCUACAUUGGACGGGGUCACUACCGCGGCAGCUUGACCCCCGGCGUCAUCGAGACCUACAACCGAUGCCUCCAGAUCCCAUUCGGUGGCCAGGAGAUCCGUCUGAGCAGCUACGAAGUUCUGGUCAGGAGCGAUAUUUACCACGGACAGCAGGCCAUACGCCUGGUUUACUGAAGUCGCGUUCAACCUGAGAAGUCCGAGAGCAGCUAGGCCAUGAAAGUCCUAUAAAGAUUAUUUAUUUCUGAUUAUAUCCUAUACAUAUCUUUGAGUAAUGUUGCACAGUAUUUAUUUCUAUAAAAUCAUUCAUAACUUUGUGUAAUGUUUCAAAAUAUUUAUUUCUAUAAAUUCAUACAUAACUUUGUGUAAUGUGACAAAAUAUUUAUUUCUAUAAAUCCAUGCAUGUCUUUGUGCAAUGUGGAAAAGUGUGCACUUAACUUUCAGAUGCAUUUUUAUCAACCACAUUACUAUAUUUAUACACCCACUGAAUAUUAAGUGCAACUAUAUUUGCAUAUGUGCAAACACUUUAAUAUGAAACUACCUCUGGAAAUACCUUAUAAAGAUUACCCUAUGUGUAAACUGCUUUAGUAAAUAAAUCUAUUGUUUAUUUACGGGCUGAGAUACUUGUGCACUAAUUAUA